AUGAAGAAGGAUCAUAUUUGUAAAUAUCCUGGUUGCACCAAAAGCUUCACUCGCGCCGAGCAUCUGCGCCGGCAUGCACUCAACCAUGAACAGCCACGGAGUGGUUUCACUUGUGAACGUUGUUCGGUACACUUCAAACGGUCUGAUCUGCUGGACCGACACAUCAGUCGACAUAACAAGCGAGACGAAGAAGCCGGCGGUCCAGGGCUGGGUGUAUUGAAGACACGAAAAAGGACUCGUCGAGCACAUGAUGGCACAAUCGUCGUGCGUCCAUCACAGCGAGAGCUACAUUCUAGGCGGUCAGCAGCCCAAUCUUCCUCGAAUUCCUCCUCCUCAUGCUCGGGCCUGGAUCUGGUGGGAGAGGGAGUGUACGGAGAAGAAGACCUGCCAGUCCAAGGAGGUCCAAUUUCGCCACCGACUUCUGGUACGGACUUUGCAUCGUUGUCGCUCGAGGAACCGGAUCCAUUACUGGCGGAUCCAUUACUGGCCCCAAUGAUGCCAGGCGGUCCUUUUGAACCAUAUGUGGAACCUAUUCCGGGCCAAUUCGAUGCAGCGGACGGAUCCUUCAGUGUUGGGCUGGGUGGGAUGACUGAUUUGCUUGGCCUAGACACCGCAACCGACUUCAAUCUACCCUUUGCUGCAACAUGCAACUAUAAUUGGUUGUUUGACGUUGCCUAUCUCGAUGACGCCUUUCAUCAUUUUGAUUUCCCCCUUGGCUCCGAUACGGAAGCCUGUCCUGAAGUACAGAUGAACCUUGCAUACCAGCCAACAGGCAACUAUGACGGUCCUUCAGCUCUUUUGGAGGUGGCUUCGAUGAUGCUGACCGGGGAACCCUCGCAACGUACCCCGGCCCCGGAUGCACCGUCGGGUAUCCUUGAGAUGGAGUGGAUGAGUGGAACUUCGUUCCUAGGCCAGACUCAGUCACAGCGCUUGCCGCGAGUAUCCGAAAUAUCUCGUCAAGGUAUCUUAUCGCUGGUGCUCCAAAUAUCUCCCAUGGUGAUGGACAGUCAGCCGCUGAGCCUGGAUUCACCUUUGCUCACUUUGCCGGCUCUUCAAGGAUACUGUGAUUUGUUCUUUACGCGCUUCAACGUUACUUAUCCGCUUAUUCAUCAGCCGACUUUCAAUCCAGACACAGUUGACCCGGUGUUUCUUGCGUCGGUCUUGUUCAUGGGAGCUACAUACAGCACUCGUGAGGCUCACUGGCUCGCCGUCGGUAUCCACGACAAACUUCAAAGUCGGCUUCUAUGUCAUGAUGCCUUCUCUCCGCAGCCAGACCUCUGGGUUUUACAAACAGCACUUCUCAUAGACUGUUUCGGAAAGAUGAGAGCGGGCUCGAAGCAGCGGGAGCGGGCCCAGCUAUUCCACUGUGUACUGAUCAAGCUCAUACGUCGUAGUAAUUGUUGCAAUGUCCAAAGCUACUCCCAUCUCGCUCAAUCCGACGAUUUGGAACAAGCUUGGAUACAGGCCAUGAACACAGAACAGAGGAAAAGACUAGCGAUGCAUUGUUUCAUGUGGGACACCCAACAUGCCGUUCUCUUCUCUCAAUCUCUAUGCAUGUCAGCAUUCGAGAUCAGAUCUUGCCUGCCAUGCAGCGCAGCCUCCUGGGAGGCAUUCUCAGCACAAGAAUGGGCCCAGACAGCUGCCCAAGAAACAAACAGACCUUUUCUCUCCGUUCUCAAAGGCUACAUCACACCGGGAACCGUACCCCGGGCCCGAGAUUUGAAUGUAUUGAGUCGCAUUGUUGUUCUUCACGGCUUGAUGUCCAUAUCUGCAGACCUUAAGCGCCGUGAUCAAACCACAUUACGCUCAGAAACACCUGAACGCGUGGGUGCCUGGACUCCACGUAUGCUUCGGUCUUAUGACUUGUGGAAAGUAGAUUUUGACGCAAGUUGCUUAGCCAUGAAGCUGGCACAGACGGCGGACCCGUGCCAUUUCACGGCAUUGAAAUUGGCAGCCCAUACUCUCUAUCAUGCUGCAUGCCUUGCACUGAAUGUGGAGAUACUAGAUUUACAGAUUGUCGCGGGAGCAACCCAAAUUCUAGGAAGAACAAUUACUCCAGCCGAUGAAACGAGAUCUCGGCGGAAUGUUUCUCGGUGGCUGCAUGAGAACUCUGGCGCCACGACUACGGCUGUGCGGCAUGCAUCACAUCUGCUACAGGAUGCAGUAUUAGGUCUUAAUGAGUGGGACCAGAAGGACGCCUUUCACUUUCAUUGGUGCGUCUACUUAGCUACACUGGCUUGCUGGGUGUUUCAUCGAGGGAUGGACGUUUGUUCUCCCGAGAAUAGAAUAAAAGCAGAUCUAUCCUCAAUUAUUGUGACGAUGACAAACUGCUCUAGUGCUACGGAACUAGCAGCCAUGUCCGGCAAGUACGAUUCAAAGCCUUUAGUAGUUGUCAUGGCACAACAGCUUGCUACUGUUCGAUGGGCAAUUGUUCACGAUGCCAUGAAAGUACUUGUAGCUUUGUCUGAUAGUGGACGAACUUGA